AUGGAAACCAUCAGUUCACCGGAGUUAUCUGUCAAGCUCGAAAUCAUCAAUGAUGAUCGACGUGUAAACCAAGUCUGCGCGCCCUUGCUCGGUGAUGUGUUGACAGACCACGCGUUCAGCACAGCAUCUACACAACAAGCGCCUGCUUUUUCCUCAACUCUAGAACACGUAUACCAGUCGAAGAACAGCCAGGCUGAGAACGCGGUGGGAAGGACCGCGAUGAAGAGAGGUGAGCACUUGACGCUGGAGGCCGGGAUGAAGACGGGCGUUACGACGGGCGGGAGGACGGAUACAGUGGGGGUUUCUGAGGCUGGGAAUGUGAUAAAGGAGGGACCGGUAAGACCGAACAGGGUCUGGUCUGUCCGGUACAGACGAAGAAGUCCCCAUCGCUUCGGUCCCUUGCAAAGUUGCGUAGAAUCGUACCUAGAGUUAAUCAUUCGCGCUGCGCGGCUUCUACGCAUCACAACUCUCGUCCGCCAAGAGGCUCAUAAUCCGUCCGGUGUACGCAGACAGCCUAUCACUCUAGAAAGGCCAUUGGGCUCACAUAAGUCCGUUCGCAAGGCGCAUCUGCUGCAUGUCAAAGACUCGAACGAGUCUACGAAGUGCAACAAAGGCGCGGUCGCAAAGGGACUUCGCCAGUUUUUCUUUAUCGGGGGUGUAGGAUGGCAGCGCCGUAAUCGACUCAAGGGAUGGGCGAUAAUGGGAAAUGCUCGGCGCAUCCCGCACACGGGGGUCGUUCCAUCCAGACACUGGAGAGGCUGCGUAUGGUGUCGUGUUCGUCGUCUGUUCAUGCCCAAGGAGUGUCGGAUUGGAGCUUCGGAUGUUAUGCGUCCGGGAGUACUGCGUGGGGGUAUAUUCCAGCACCUUCUUCAGGCCUUCAUCCUCUUCCGCACGCGUCGACCACAACGCAGGGGUGAUGAGGGGAUAGCGACGACGACAGUAUGCGAGGAAGGAGAUGGUGACUUAGGGACCUCCUCUGCGGCCUACCACCUGCCCCCGCCUACCCUCCUACGCCGCCGCGCCGGCUCAUUGAGCCAAGGCGGCCGCUAUGGGGUGUUUCGUGGCGCUCAGACUCUUCGGGUUGCGUAUUUCCGAGUAACCUCACAAACAACGGACGUCCCUUCGACUUCGAGAACGGCCGGAAAGGCGCUGCUGGGCCGUAUCGGCGGCGCGUGGGCCGACGUUUCAUGGUCGUUGCGGACUGUAGCUGAUGCUGGCGCCGAUCUGAAAGGAACGAUGGAGGAGGUUGAUUCUGCUACUGACCGUGAGCUGGCCCGGUUUUAUAUGCCAGAGGAGACCCGUCAAUCAUUCUCCCGUUCACUCCUUCAAGCGUCGGCCUGUUUCAAACCGCUCCAAAGUGACCUGGAGGCCACGCCCGCGCCAUGGCGAUCCACGCGGCCCGUCCGGAUGUCGAGAUCGCGUCGCAGGACACCAGUACACCGUCGGUUACUGGGCACCCGCUUAGUGGCAUGUUGCUAGGGAAGUGCUCGGAC